AUGGCCAGGAUCUGCCCUGGCCUGCUGCUCUGGAUGACCAUGGCGACCCUCGCGUCCAGAGGUGUCCAAGCCUGGGGUUCCAAGAAGGUGACAAGGGAAUUCCAAGACAUCCCAGCAUCCUAUGUGUAUGUGCAGCAGGCACUGUGGUUCGCCAUGAAGGAGUACAACGAGGCCAGCAGGGACACGUAUGUCUACAAGGUGACGAACAUUCUGAGGUCCCAGGAGCAGGUCACGGAUAGUUUGGAUUACCUUCUUGAAGUUAAAAUUGAGCGGACAAUGUGCAAGAAAAUUUCAGGGACAACUGAUAACUGUUUAAUACAAGAGGAUCCCAAAAUGCAGAAGAUGUUUUAUUGUACCUUUAUUGUGGCAUCCAAACCCUGGAAAUUUGAACUCAAGAUGCUGAAGAAAGAAUGCAGUCCUAUCUAA